CUUGGCUAUGGAUGUUGUGAUUGUCCGUAGGUGGUAGACGGUCUCUGACUGUCGUACGCGGAGGUACCACCGGGCGGAUCUCGUAGGCGGGGCCAGAAUGAAUGCAUGCUGCCAGAGUCCGUGUGGUGUCCCCCUCUUUCCCCUAUAUCCCCCUAUAGCCCCACUGUACCCCAUGGAUGUUUAGGCCUUAGGUCUUCGUGGUAGCUGG